GUUUGCGUUUCUCUCUCUCAUCAUCAUCACGGUGGUUAGGAGAUGUUAACUACCUCGCUUGGUGUGCAGGAGGUCGUGGGUUCGAUCCUGACCCUGACGAUGCCUGUUGCUGCUGUAUAUUUGGAGUCUGCGUUUCUCUCUCUCAUCAUCACGGUGGCUAUGAGAUGUUAACUACCUCGCCUGGUCUACAGGAGGUCGUGGGUUCGAACCCGGACCCUGACGAUGCCUGCUGCUGCUGUAGAUUUGGAGUCUGCGUUUCUCUCUCUCAUCAUCACGGUGGCUAGGAGAUGUUGACUACCUCGCCUUUUCUACAGGAGGUCGUGGGUUCGAUCCCAGACCCUGACGACGCCUGCUGCUGCUGUAUAUUUGGAGUCUGCGUCUCUCUCAUCAUCAUCACGGUGGCUAUGAGAUGUUAACUACCUCGCCUGGUGUGCAGGAGGUCGUGGGUUCGAUCCUGAUCCUGACGAUGCCUGCUGCUGCUGUAUAUUUGGAGUCUGCGUUUCUUUCUCUCAUCAUUGUCACGGUGGCUAGGAGAUGUUGACUACCUCGCCUGGUGUGCAGGAGGUCGUGGGUUCGAUCCCAGACCCUGACGACGCCUGCUGCUGCUGUAUAUUUGGAGUCUGCGUCUCUCUCAUCAUCAUCACGGUGGCUAGGAGAUGUUAACUACCUCGCCUUGUCUACAGGAGGUCGUGGGUUCGAUCCCAGACCCUGACGAUGCCUGCUGCUGCUGUAGAUUUGGAGUCUGCGUCUCCCUCUCAUCAUCAUCAUCACGGUGGCCAGGAGAUGUUGACUACCUCGCCUGGUAUACAGGAGAUCGUGGAUUCGAUCCCGACCCUGAUGACGCCUACUACUGCUGCAUAUUUGGAGUCUGCGUCUCUCUCAUUAUCAUCACGGUGGCUAUGAGAUGUUAACUACCUCGCCUGGUCUACAGGAGGUCGUGGGUUCGAUCACCAACCCCGACGCCUGCUGCUGUAUAUUUGGAGUCUGCGUCUCUCAUAAUCACGGUGGCUAGGAGAUGUUGACUACCUCGCCUGGUGUGCAGGAGGUCGUGGGCUCGAACCCAAUGCUGACGAUGCCUGCUGCUGUUGUGGAUAAGUUGGUGGAGUUCCCACACCUCAAUUGAAAACUAAUUUCUUUAGAACUGAUUUUUGUAUUUGUUGUCCUUCACCCCUGUUCCGAUUAUCACGGUGGGCUACGUACGGCGCGAAAGAAGUUCAACAUACAUACAUUGGACUGUCCACUACACAAUAAUAUACACUACACAAUAAUAUACACUACACUAUACACUACACUAUUAUGCAAUACAAUACUAUACACUUAUAUACAUUACACUACGAUACAGUACACUACUGUACACCACACCACUAUACACCACUAUACACUACACCACUACACACCACCACUACACACUACACCACUAUACACGACACUACUACCCACUACACCACUAUACACUACACUACUAUACACUACACCACUAUACACUACACUACUAUACACUACACCACUACACGACUAUACACGACACUACUACACACUACACAAAUACACACUUCACCAAUAUACACCACCACUACGCUACAUUGAGAAUUCAUUUCUCUCGAACUGAUUGUUAUUAGCUUGUUGUCCUUCCCCCGGCACCUCCGAUUUAGUACGGUGGGCUACAUACGGUGCAAAAGAAGUUCAGCACGCACACAUAACAGCGGCGGAUUGACAAGGCAUCAACUCUCGCUCCCUCCGUGUGCGUCACUGUGUGCCCUGCGCCGAAACUCUCCGGUAUUGCUGCAUGGUAUGUUAUAGGAAGCGUCCGUGUUUUCUCCUCUAGGCUUCGUAGCUAUCGGCGGUACUCUGCGCGAAGAAUUGAAGUGGAUUGACUGUCCCUUUGUGCCCUGGCGUCGAGGGAAAAAUGAAAGAAGAAGGAGAGGAAGUGAAGCGGAUCUGCUGCCCAGUCUGCAACUGGGUGGUGGUCAGCCUGCCCGCCCUGGAGGACCACAUGAAGCGCCACAAGGGCCGGAUCGAGCCCGUGAUGUACCGGUGCCCCCACUGCCCGUACAGCACGGACAAUCUCAACGUCCUGAUCGCCCACCAGGCGACGCAUGACGCGGGGGAGUCCCACAAGUGCGCCGAGUGCGGCAAGGUGUUCGUCGACGCAGAUGUCUUCCGCGAGCACCGGGCGAUGCACGACGAGGAGAAGCCCCACAAGUGCGCCGCGUGCGGAGAGGCGUUCGGCCGGGCGGAAGAUCUUCGCGUGCACCAGAGGAUCCACGGCGGGGCGCCGUACCGGUGCGGCGUUUGCGGGACGGAGUUCACCCGGCUGGAUUGCCUCCGCAGCCACCAGAGGACCCACACGGGGGAGAAGCCCUACCGGUGCGACGAGUGCGGCGUAACGUUCGCGUGGUCGGCGAGCCUCCUCACGCACAAGAGGGGCCACGCGGGCGAGAAGCCCUACCGGUGCGACGAGUGCGGCGUGACGUUCGCCUGGUCCGCGAGCCUCCUGUCGCACAAGAGGAUCCACACGGGGGAGAAGCUCUACCACUGCACCGUCUGCGGCAUGGAGUUUUCCCGCUCGGACUACCUGCGCAGCCACCAGCGGACGCACACGGGCGAGAAGCCGUACAAGUGCGCCGAGUGCGGCGAGGCGUUCUCGCAAUCGGGCGCCCUCCUGGGGCACAAGAGGAUCCACACGGGCGAGAGGCCGUACAAGUGCGUCGAGUGCGGAAAGGCGUUCGCGCGGUCGUGGGCCCUCCUCGUGCACACGAGGACCCACGCGGAGGAGAAGCCGUACAAGUGCACCGUGUGUGAGAGGGCGUUCGGCCGGUCGGAUCACCUGCGCAGCCACCAGAGGACGCACACGGGUGAGAGGCCGCACGCGUGCGGCGUGUGCGGCAAGGCCUUCGCCGAGCCGGUGGCCCUGCGCGUACACAACAGGGUCCACACGGGCGAGAGGCCGUGCGUGUGCGCUGUGUGCGGGAAGGCGUUCUCGUGCACGGGAGCCCUUCGCACGCACACCAUGGUCCACACGGGCGAGAAGCCGUACAAGUGCGACCUGUGCGGGAAGGGGUUCCAGCGCUCGGGGGCGCUCAAUAAGCACAGGAGGAGCCACGCGGAGGAAAAGCCGUUCGCGUGCGCCGAGUGCGGCGAGGCGUUCUCGCAGUCGGGCGCCCUCGUCCGGCACCAGAGUGUCCACACGAGCGAGAAGCCCUACAAGUGCUCGGUGUGCGGCAAGGCGUUCGCCCGGUCGCAGUACCUCCUGAUACAUAGGAGGAGGCACACGGGCGAGAGGCCGUAUGUGUGCGAUGUGUGCGGGAAGGCGUUCGCGCAGGCCAGGGUCCUCCUCGGGCACAAGAGGACGCAUACGGGCGAGAGGCCGUACGCAUGUGCCAUUUGCGGCAGGGCCUUUGCAGAGCCGGUGGCCCUACGCAUACACAACAGGAUCCAUACGGGCGAAAAGCCGUAUGAGUGCGCCGCGUGCGGGAAGGCGUUCUCGUGCGCCGGGGGGAUUCGCGCCCACAUGAUGGUGCACACGGGCGAGAAGCCCUACAAGUGCGACCUGUGCGAGAAGGCAUUCCAGCGCUCGGGUGCGCUCAAAACGCACAGGAGGAGCCACGCGGAGGAAAAGCCCCGAGAGUGAAAGCGCGCUCGCGGUUCGGAGAAGUCCCUCGCCUCUCAUGUUCGAGAAAUGAUGCCGGCACGGAGAGCUGAAAUACGAUAUUUAACCCAAAAUUUGAAAAACAGUUUGCCGGCUGGCUGGUUGGGCUGACACGCGGUGGUAAUGUCGCUCGCAUCCCACAGCAGCAUAGAGCCGGAGUUCGUGCAUCUUCAUGCCAGCACGCGUCCGCCUCUUACCGCCCGUUCGCGUGGCGAACUUGUUGUGACAAAAAAACAAUUUGGCCUCUCCAGCCGUUGCCCCACAGCUGUGGAAUGAGACCGGCCACGUAAAGUUCCAUAACACCCGCCAAGUCACGUACACGAACGUACGUACGUGUGUGUACGUUGAACUCCUUUCGCACCGUACGUAGGCAACCACGCAAAUCGGAGGUGUGGGGGGGGAAGGACAAUAAACGCACAAAGUAGUUCUAAAGAAAUUCGUUUUCAAUGUAGAUUUAAAAGUGCAUAGCUCCCAGUGGCUUCCUAAUAUCCGAAGGAAGAGCGUUCCAGAUGGCCGCAGAAACAGCGCUUCUGAAAGUGCAUGAUGCAGUGACCAUUUUGUUUGACGGUUAGCCCGAAACCGCUGCUGCUGCGAGAAUGACCGUAAUUCGUAUGAUGUUGGUUUAUGCUCCUUGACGAGAACAGUGAUAUAUUGUGGUUAAUUUGUGGCAAACGCUUUGUGUGUAAUGAGCGCGGCGACCUGAAGGAAGAGCGUUCCAGAUGGCCGCAGAAACAGCGUUUCUGAAAGUGCAUGAUGCAGUGACCGUCUUUGUUCGACGGUUAGCCCGAAACCGCUUCUGCUGCGAGAAUGACCGUAAUUCGCGUGAUGUUGGUUUAUGUUCCUUGACGAGAACAGUGAUAUAUUGUUGUGGUUCAUUUGUGACAAGCGCUUAGUGUGUAAUGAGCGCGGCGACCUUUAUUAUAAUGUUUUUGUUCGGCAAAUGGUUAUGUAAGUUACGGCCAAAAUCACCAUCAGCAUGCACGAGUCGUCCCCGGUGUAUCGCGAAUCCGUUUGGCACAAACGAUUUACAAAGUUAGGGGCAGACGCCCGAUCACCGCGCUCGACGAUUUUACACCCUUGUUCGUGGGAUUUUUCAGAAGCCGAAAUUUUCCGCCACGUUCCCGCGUACAGUACAGUACCCGAGGGUGAGGAGGCAACACGCGCGUCGCGGGCGGCAGUGGUGACAGCGGCCGCAGCAGCGAGCCCCCCCCCCACUCAGUCUUUGUACCACCUAGUGCUGGAUCGUGCGCGCACACGUGUUUUAUCUCACUCUUCUAUCCCUUUGCGUUUGCUUGAAUACUACUAUAACACUGGUCAACAUACUUUUCCUGGCAUAAGGUAUUCCAACGGUUUUAAGGUAAUGUUGGGGUGCUGAUUCCAAAUCUGGCAUCACUUUUUGUCUAUCAAAUCAAAUAUUGCAUUUUCAAUAAAAACUGCAGAAGAAAAAUAUUAACGAAAUGUGGAUAUCUACAUAAAAUGAUAUUAUAAACACACUAUCCUAAAAAUACAGCACCAAAUUUUAACACUAAAGCAGUCACUGACUCGCAACAACUUGCAAUCAUAAGUGACAGAGUUAAUUUCGGGUAAAAUCAAUGAAAAUGGGGUAUGCCGAUAGCAUAAAAUUAGAUGUGAUAGAGCAAAUCUGAGAUCAGAUUUGGAAUCGGCACCCUGAAAUUAGUCUAAAACAGCUGCAAAAGUCGAGGCCAGAAAAACAAUUUUUUGUUGACCAGUGUAAUCAGCCAAUAAUGUGAGUGUGUCCCGCGCGUGAUGUCACUCCACAUGAGGCCCACCCCCCGCCUCAUUAAUAUUCAUGAGUGGGUGGGUUUUUACACUAACGCAGAGGAAGGUCGAGCUGAAUUAAAUAAUACGCAAAGUCGCUUCAAAUAUGACUUUUCUUUACAGAAAGUGACGGUAAAAAAUUAAUACGCAGCACAGUGAGUGACGUCACUGCAAAAGAGGCCCCCCCCUUUCAUUAAUAUUCAUGCCUGUGUGGAAAUUUACACUAACGCACAAGGUCGCGCACUCCACAUGCCCACCCUUCCCCUCAAUA